AAAGAACCAACCAGAAUUGGAGAUGUCGCCUCUAGCUCUAAUAACCGGAUCAACAGGGUUCAUCGGCUCGGCUGUGACCAAGCGUGCCCUCGAAGCAGGAUACAGAGUCCGACUGGUAAUCCGACGUGCCGACCAAGCCACCAAGUUGAAACAGGUAUUCGCAAAGUACGCCGACCACUUGGAAUUUGCCAUCGUGCCAGACCUCACUGUCAGUGGAUGUUAUGACGGCGUCCUCGAUGGCGUGGAAUAUGUCCUCCAUUUAGCCUCACCACUUCCGGCGCCGGGCACCGACGACUUAUUGACCCCAGCCCUGGAGGGGACGAAGGCGAUACUGGGCGCAGCCGCAAAAACCACAUCACUUAAAAGGGUUGUUAUUACCUCGUCAGUUAUAGCGCUGGUUCCGCUGGGAGGCCAGAGAGAUGGAUUGAUUGUCAAAGAAACGAAUCCAAUCGACCGAGCAAUUGACCCCUCUGUUGUUCCUACUCUUCCUCCUAUGGGCCAAUACCACGCCAGCAAAUUAGCAGCUCACAAAGCGACCCUCGAUUUCAUACAGGAGAAUCAACCGCGCUACACUACCAUCUGCCUCCACCCCGUCUUUGUAUUCGGGCGCAGCCUUGUGCAGACCACUGCUGAGGAACUAUCCGGCACCCCGGGCAUUCUGUGGCAGGCGCUCAACUCAGAGAAACCGACUAUGGGUCAGUUCUUGGGUGUGCAUAUUGAUGACGUAGCAGAGGCGUAUCUUAAGGCGUUGGAAGUUCCAAUCCACGGCGACGACAGCGAUAUCAAAGGAGUCCGGUCUUAUUUGCUUGCCGCGCAGAGACGGCCAUGGACUGAUGCCGUGCAAUUUGUCAAAGCGCAGUAUCCCGAUGUGCAGUGGCCGCUGUCCUCUGUUGACGCCACGAAUUAUACCGUUGACACGACCAGGGCAGAGAAGGAGUUGGGGAUUACGUUUAAAGGGAUGGAGGAACAGGUUAAAGAUGUGGUUGACCAGCAGCUGGAAUUUCGAAAGUGAUUGUAGGUCUUCGAGUUUCUUCUAUGUAUCUACCGUGCCUUGAUCUUGAUCUCGACGUUCAAUGUUAUCCCCUGCAGCUGAACUGAAACACGAGCCUCUGAAUACGAACUCGUAUACGCAUACGGUGUGACAGGUCGCCGGAUACUUUGCGGAUGCUUUCCUCGACCCAAUCUUCCGUAAUAAGGGUCUUGACGGUAAGAACCGCCCGGUCGUCUCUCCAGAUGAACAUCUGCAGUGGAACCAAGCAAUAUUCAUGUGCUUUGACUGACCCACUUCACGGUGACAAUCUCCAGACAUCCCGCCCCGCAACUCAGGCCCGUGCCUCUACAUUUCUAUUUAUUGGACAGCGUGGCUUAUUUCUUCCAUUUAGAAAUUCUCCUUACUCCAAAACAGCAGGGGGCAUGAAUCACUGCUGACGGAGCGCUAGGCCGCUAGACCGAAAACCUUGCAAUGCUGGCUGCUACAACAACUGCGAAUGAUCCUGGCAAGC